CUGGUUGCCUCAAUCGUAUUCGUAGUGUGCUCUCCAGCAGUUUUCAUCUCCUGAACUGUCCUUUUUCAUCAACUGUAAGAAUAUACGUUAUGAGACUUAUGGUCUACUUGGCUGGACAAGCAAUCCUACUUGCGAUUACCGAUAGCGCCAUUGUUGGCGUGAGAUUUAACUUGGUGUGUCGGCUCCAACGGAAUAGACGACUUCGUAAGGAUCACCGUCUAUGGGUGCAUGCGUUUCUCAUGGAGCGGGAUAGAUGGUCACAAGAUGAUCUUCUGAGACAAAGGGAAAGAAGAAAUCGCGACAAUAAUCCUCGAAUGAGUUUCAGCAUGUAUAGUGGAGAUGUUAGCGACGGAUUUGCCGACAACUAUUUGGAAGUGUAUCUUGAUAUUGUACACAACUGUGUGAAACAUCAUAGAGUGGACAGUAAGACAAAGACAAUUGAAGUGGGAGAUUUUCGAGUGAGCAAUUCAGAACCUUCUCUCGUAGAUCUUGGGACAAUCUAUCUUCCAUAGUUUGCGAUGUGCUAAUAAGUAAUGC